AAAGGAAAGUGUCCACAAGAGGUGUUGGGAGCAGCGUGUCAUCGAAACCUACCAUAGAAAAUAGAAACCCAUUAUUUCACUAAGUAGCAGCAGAGCAAUCACUUCCCUUGCUCCUCUGAUUCAAUCUUUAAUGGCGUUCCUUGCUUCCUCUGCUUCGGUUGCUGCACUCAUGCCUUUCAACAGACUUUUUAGCGUCGGAAAGGGUAAAAGAUGGAAUCGACUAUGUACUGGUUACUCGGCUAGGUUAAGGGCUGGACCCUCCGCUUUAUCCAGGUUCAGGGCAUCCAGUUUUUCUUCAGCCGCGGCUGGAAAUGCUGGCGGAGCUCCGCCGUUACCAGAAAUAUCUGAAGCUAAUAAAUCGCCUCCUCCUAUUUACGCAUGGCCUAAUAAAAAGAAGCCAAGGGUGUGCAUUUUGGGCGGUGGAUUUGGUGGUUUAUAUACUGCUUUAAGGCUAGAAUCUCUUUUAUGGCCUGAGGAUAAGAAACCUCAGGUGCUUCUAGUUGACCAGUCUGAACGAUUUGUUUUUAAACCAAUGUUGUAUGAGCUUAUAUCUGGAGAAGUAGAUGCAUGGGAAAUUGCUCCUCGCUUUUCUGAGUUACUGGAAAACACGGGUGUUCAAUUUCUCCAGGACAAGGUAAAACUAUUACAUCCGUCUGACCAUUGGGGAAUGAAUGGCCAUAAACAAUCAAGUUGUGGUGGCACUGUGCUGCUUGAAAGCGGCCUUCUCAUCGAGUAUGACUGGUUGGUUCUUGCUUUGGGAGCUGAAACUAAACUUGAUGUUGUACCUGGUGCUUUAGAGUUUGCAAUACCAUUCUCCACCCUAGAGGAUGCAUGUAAAGUUGACAAUAAGUUAAAAACAUUGGAGCGACUGAAGUUUGGUAAAGAUUCUCUUAUCCGUGUGGCUGUAGUUGGUUGUGGUUAUUCCGGAGUGGAGUUAGCUGCUACUAUCUCCGAGAGACUACAAGAUAGAGGGAUAGUUCAAGCUAUUAAUGUUGAAACCACUAUCUGUCCAACUGCCCCAGUUGGAAAUAGGGAAGCAGCCUUAAAAGUUCUUUCAUCUAGGAAAGUGCAACUUCUACUGGGUUAUUUUGUUCGUUGCAUACGGAGGGUCUGCGACAUGGAAGCUUCAGGAGAUGCAACUGUGAAAAGAGAAGGCAAGGACAUUGCAGAAUCCAACUCUGAGAAAUAUGUUUUGGAGCUGCAACCUGCUGAAAAGGGAUUAGAAAGUCAAAUUCUGGAAGCAGACUUGGUAUUAUGGACAGUUGGGUCCAAAGCUCUUCUUCCUGAACUUGAACCCUCUGACAAACCCCACGAGCUUCCACUGAACGCCAGAGGACAAGCAGAAACUGAUGAAAUGCUCCGUGUUAAGGGCCACCCGCGUAUAUUUGCACUUGGUGACUCGUCUUCUCUAAGGGACUCAACUGGAAGGCUUCUGCCUGCCACAGCUCAGCAUUGCCAAUUUCAAAACAUUUUUGCUCUUAUUUUUCUGAAUGGAACUGAAGGUAUUCUACGGAUCCAGAACUGCAGCUUCCCAAACCUAUUCCAGAAUCUUGGAGAGAUGAUGACCCUAGGUAGAAAUGAUGCAGCCAUUUCACCAAGUUUCAUUGAUGGUCUAACCUUAGAGGGUCCUAUUGGUCAUGCCGCAAGGAAAUUAGCAUACUUGAUCAGAUUACCGACAGAUAAGCACCGGCUUAAGGUGGGGCUUAGUUGGUUUGCCAAAUCGGCCAUAGAUUCAGUUGCAUCGGUGCAGAGCACUCUAACAAAGGUUCUUUCAGGCUCAUAGAUAACUGUAACUCUGUUAGAAAGCUACAUUAAUUGGAUUAUUAUUAUUAUUAUUUAUUACUAUUAUGGUUUUGAUAGUAAAAUUGGUUCGGUUUAUUU